AUGAAGUUCUCCACCGUCGCUAUUGCCGCUACCCUCGCCGUCGUGGCCUCUGCCCAGCUCGAUGCCUUCCCCGCCUGUGGUCUCUCGUGCCUGACCUCGAACGUCGGCGCCACCGGCUGCGACCUGACCGACUUCGCCUGCUCCUGCUCGAACACUGCCUUCAUCGCCGCCGCGACCUCGUGCAUCGACAGCGGCUGCGAGGUAGCCGACCAAGAGAAGGCGCUCGCCGCGGCCGUCGGCCUGUGCAAGUCCGCCGGCGUGGACAUCAGCCCGCCCAGCGGGACCUCUGCAGCCGCCACCACCGCGAGCCCCACGCCCGAGCCCACCAGCACCGAGGCCGCCGAGCCCUCCACUUCCGAGCCCGCCGCUGAGCCCACCUCCUCCGAGGCCCCCGCUGAGACUACCACCCUCGUCCCCUCCGCUAAGCCCUCCAACGCUACCACCAACGGAACCAUCACUCCCCCCGUCGAGACGCAGCCGCCGUCCUCCGGCGCGUCGCGCAUGGCCGCCGCCAUGUCCGUUGUUGGACUUGGCCUCUUGGCCGCUUUCGCCUUGUAA